AUGGCGGUCCAGGAAAGGAUAGCGAAGUGUUCUUCGACUGGUAUCAGGAUACUCUCGUACAUAUUCUUUCGAUGGGUUGCAGGUCCUCCUGCUUUAAGCCUGACCAUAUACACUCUAUUCGCCUUAUAUGUACCCUCCUUUAUUUCUGCGUAUCUCAAGGGUCCAUCUUAUGAAGUCAUCAGCGAUGAGAUCGAUGUCAAGUCUACAGAACCAACUGCCACAGGGUCUGAGACGGAGAGACCUGCCGUCGUGGAGUCCGAAGUUGAAGUGGACGAGACUAUAGUUAUGCGCGAGAAGCCCACGAGACCGUGGAGUACGCUGCUCACCGGCUCACCGGACCGUAGACGCCCUCUUUUGUCGCUGCUGACCUUCCUCAUCAACCUUGCGCUGGUCGCCAUGGUCACGGACGUCUUAUUCCGGGCCAGAUACUUCUACCCAAACGAUGAUUUGUCGUUUGUGCGGUUAGGAUACGUCUCCCCCACCGAAGCGAGCUUUGUUGUCCGGGAACCAGAUCAGGCCAGAUUGCCGGUUACGCUGGAACUGCACACCAAGGACGUUCCUGGAGGCCCCGUGGAUACCUCUCUCUGGCUAACCGGGGGUAGCAUCAGUUGGACGGACAAUUCGACCGACUACACGGCUGUCAUCGAUGUGCCGUUGAGAUACUCUCGGCAACGCAUCUACGAAUGGAGGACCUCGAACAACCAUUCAGGCGAGUUUAUCGCGCCGCCUAAGCCCGGUUACGCACCGGAGCACUCUGGUGGGAAGUUUACCUUCCUAUCCACGUCUUGCAUCCUUCCACGCUUCCCGUACAACCCACUGGACAGCCCGUUGGCCAUCCCUGGCCUGCGUCAUUUAGCUAGGUUGCUACCUGACCUGCAAGCCCAGUUCAUGCUGUUCCUUGGCGACUUCAUUUAUAUCGACGUGCCUCGGCGACUCGGCUUGUCGACUGAGGACUAUCGCCAGAAGUACCGACACGUCUAUGCCUCUCCGGACUGGGCCCCCGUCGCGCAGAACCUCAGCUGGAUCCAUGUCCUGGACGAUCAUGAGAUCGCCAACGACUGGUCGGCCAACACCACCGGCGUUUACGAAGCCGCCGUCGACCCCUGGCACCACUACCAGGCUUCGGCGAACCCUCCGCCAGCUAUGGCCGCCGGUAGUGCCAACCUGCGGAGGGAAGGGGCCACAUACUUCGAGUUUGUCCAGGGACCGGCGAGUUUCUUUCUGCUGGAUACCAGGACCCACCGCUCCCACAACGACGAACCCUUCGACAGCCCGGAGAAGACCAUGCUCGGUGCGCAGCAGCUGGAAGACUUCCUCGCGUGGCUCCAGCGGCCCGAGCCGAAAGGCGUCAAGUGGAAGAUCGUUGCGUCUUCCGUGCCCUUGACGAAGAACUGGCCCGUGAACACGAAAGACACCUGGGGAGGCUUCUUGUUUGAGAGGCAGAAAGUCUUGCAAGCGAUGUGGGAUGUGGGCGCUCGAGGCGUGGGCGUCGUUGUGGUCUCGGGUGACCGGCACGAGUUCGCGGCCACCAAGUUUCCGCCCCCGAAAGACGGCCGUUGGCCCGAGAGCGCUGCGCCUUACGAGUUUUCGUGCAGCCCUUUGAACCAGUUUUCCUCGCCGAUUCCGACAUACAGGCAGUACGACGAGGAGGAUGUUGGCAUCAAGUACAUUCAUUCCGGCAACUCCAAGUUUGGGGCUCUCACCAUCGAGAACCACGAGGAGGGCCAUCAGAGCACCUUGACCUAUCGUCUCUUCAUUGACGGCAGAGAAGUUUGGGAUACAGUUAUCGUCUCCCCGCCCGAGCCGGAGGAGAAGAAGGUGUCUGGUUCGUUCUGGGACAGGAUUAAGGGGUUCUGA